CCGGACUCGGCAACCGCGUGUCUUGCUCUUAGUGCGAUUUACACCGCGCACACCGAAAUCGAUCUGAAUAUCGUCGGCGGCAAUGUGCUAGGUUAUGUGGAAAAUCUACUAAAUCGCAUGGUGUGUAGCGGGGAAAUGUGAACCUUAAACGUUGCGGACCCACGGAUACAGAGAAUUUCCACGGAAAGCCACAUCUCAAGCGAAAAAUGAAAUAAUAAAUCAGUUUAAGACUGAAUAAUCCGGUAAAACAACGAAAAUGGAAGAGCAAAAAGACAUACAAUCGUCUGGGAAAAUGAAGGAGAUGUGCUACUUCUUCAGUACGUUCACGGAUCCAUCAUUGGAGAGAUUGUAUCAAAGUUUUAGUGUUAAACAGAAAAGGGCCGGACUAGAAUGUUUCCUGAUCACCGCUAUCCUGUUUGACAUCUACAUGAUUGUGGUUCCAAGUGGACAAGACAUCCUUAUCUACAGCUUUAUGAGCGCGUUCCUUGUAACAAAUCUCGCUCUUUUGCUCUGGUGUAAACGCGGUUUCGAAUCGAAACUCCUCUGGUCCGCGAUACCGCACGUGAGCUGGCACGUGGCCAACGCACAGGUCCUUGCGGCACUCUUCCUCAAAAAGAACGAGGUGACGUCACGCGACAGCCUCGGAUGGGUCCUGCUGUUGGACUACUUGAUUUUCGUCACGUUACCCCUAAGGCUGCGCUACUGUGUUAUACUGAGUGUUGGAACUUGUGCGUCGUAUAUUGCCGCUGUUAUAGGGCUUUCAAAGUCUGAUCUUCAUUUUACACAACAGCACGUCUCCAACUGCAUCCUCUUAUUGACAAGCAACAUAUUGGGGCUCACGUCCUAUUUGGUUGAAGACAAGCAACAGCGAAGAGCGUUUCUCGAAACAAGACAAUCAUUGGAAGUAAAGCUCGUUAUUGAAGAACAAAGCACUGAGCAGGAAAAUCUCCUGCUAUCAGUGCUGCCCGAACACGUAGCGGUCGAGAUGCGGCAGGACUUGGACCAAGCCGAUAGCCAGUUCAAGAAAAUUUAUAUGAACCGUCACGAGAACGUUAGCAUUCUUUACGCUGAUAUUGUUGGAUUCACGGCUAUAUCAUCAACGUAUUCCGCUCAGGAGCUGGUGAAAAUGUUAAACGAAUUGUUCGCUAGAUUUGAUAAACUCGCAGAGCAAACAGCGAAUUCUCCAGUCGACAUGAGAGUGGGGAUACACACAGGCGCCGUUCUUGCAGGGGUGCUUGGCCAAAGACAAUGGCAAUUCGAUGUUUAUUCCAAGGAUGUCGAACUUGCCAAUAAAAUGGAAAGUAGUGGACUUGCCGGUCGAGUUCACAUAUCAGCGACCACGCUUUCUUUUCUAAGUGGCGAAUUCGAAGUCGAGGCAGCGUUCGGGGAGAAGAGGGACGAGGCCUUAAGAAUAGCCGGUCUAAAGACAUAUUUCAUUGUGAAGGUCCUCAAACCAUUUGAACCUGAAAAAUCGGAAGUUCAAAACGGAGGAGGAAUAAUCCCUGAAGACGAUAGUUGUGUUAUAGCUGACAUUACUGCAGAUGUUAAAGAAGUUGAAGCAAAUGGCACCAAUACAAAUAGAUGUAGGACUGAUUCAGCAGACUUUAAAAUUAGGUUAAGAAAAGAACUAGUUAAUAGGGACGGGCACAAGGAGUUGUCCAAGAACACCAAAUUCUUGAGUUUAGCAUUCACAGACCCACAAAAAGAAAAAUCAUAUCAUCAGCACAUAGAAACUUUCAGCAGUUUCUUUCUGCUUAUGUUUUUAAUAGUGAAAAUAGCAAUAGGUUCGACUAUAUUUAUAGUGCUACCCAGCGACUUGACGAUCGAUAUAUCCUAUUGCACGGAAAACGUGGUGUUCGUAGUCUUAGUCAUUAUUGCGAUAGCCGAGGAAUUUCCGGCGUUGUCGAGGUGCUGGAAAGCGUUUAAGGAAUCGAUGACUAUUAGGCGAGUCCUGUCAACUUUGUGCGUUAUACUGCUGGGAUCAGCCAAUAUUGUGGAUACGAUUUCUUGCGUGCAAAUUCAAAAGGCCCCGGAGAAUUGCUCAACAACGGAAGAUAUAAACGCGGCUUGUUUGUAUCCGUCUUAUUUCUCCUACUUCGCGGUCUUAAUUCUGGUCGCCUCGUCGCUUCCGGCUUGUCUAUCCUAUCUCUGGAAGAGUCUGCUUAUGAUUUUAAUUGCGUGCGCUCAAUGUCUUGUCAACAUUGUAAUUUUAGGACCUGCGCUCGACUGCGAGGAGUCCAGAAAACAUUGGACAAGGGUGAGGUAUCCCAAAUUUUUUAAAUAUAAAAUGGAGCAGGUGGCUAGAGUACUUUUCCUAUGGAGAUCUGAAGUGGAGGAGCAAAGAGACUGCGCUGAAGAUAUGCGAAGAAGAAACGAAGCAUUAGUCUACAAUAUUCUGCCCCCGCACGUUGCCGCUCACUUUAUGGGCAACAAAAAUAGAAAUCAUGACGAAUUGUACUCCCAAAGUUACGCAGAAGUUGGAGUUCUGUUUGCAUCCAUGCCUAAUUUUUCAGACUUUUAUUCAGAAGAAACCGUGAACAAUCAAGGACUAGAAUGCCUAAGAUUUCUGAACGAAGUUAUUUCAGACUUUGAUGCUCUUCUCGAAUGGCCUCAGUUCCAAGAUGUAAUAAAGAUAAAGACAAUCGGAUCGACGUACAUGGCCGCCAGCGGUUUAAACCCCACUCGGCAAGUCAAGGUAACUGAAGAAACUUGCGAGAUCCUGCAGUGUUUCGGGUAUCAGUUCGAGCAGCGCGGCCUAGUGGCGGUAAAAGGAAAAGGACAAUUGAUGACCUACUAUUUGCUGGGAAAAGCAGGAAAAAUAACCCCACCUACAGCUCCUGUUUCGCCGAUAAAUGGAUUAUCCACCAUGGAAACUCUAAACGAAGAGGACGAAUCUCACGACAGCCCGACAUCAAAAUCAGACGACAAAACUGUCAUCGAGUGCUCGGAUUCCAAGAUGGAUGAUGAUGUGUUCGCCGAUAACGACGCUUUAUCGACAACGGAUCAGCCCUUCCUCAACAAAGAAGUCGAGCCGAAAGAUUCCACGGAAAAUACUCUUUUGUUAAGUCAUUGUGAUGCCUAAAUUUAUCGUUUUACUUGUUUUCAUUGGCGUGUUGAUUUUUCUGUGAUACUGAGAUAAAUAUAAGCGAAACGGGACAACUUUUUUUCGGUUGUCCUGUGAUAUUACCAGGGUGGUGGAAGUUAACAAAACCUAUCUUUUAUUAUUAAUCCGCGAAAUAAAACUAAAUCAAAUUUGAUACCUUUUUUUAAUAGUUACAUAAAUAUUAAAAAGUUCUCAUAGUAGCGUAUUAU